AUGGCUUCGACUCGCGAUACGACUUAUGACACGGACGACGAGAAGAGAAGAAGUCAGGUUGAAAACAACGCUCAGGAACCCACGACGAAGGAGGACAAUGGAUUCGAAGGACGAAGCACGUUCAGGUCAUGUGUUAUCGUAGGGACGUGCACACUGGCUAUGGGAAUCAAUGCUGUGUGUGCAGCGUCAGCUUCUAUUGCGCUGCCUACGAUUGGAAAGGAGCUCGAUAUUCCGGAAGAAAGACUUCAAUGGAUCCUUUCCGCAUAUUCCCUGACAUCGGGAUGUCUACUAUUGUUCCUUGGGAGACUGGCAGAUUUGUAUGGGAGACGGAGAGCCUUUGUGUUGGGCUCGCUGAGCCAGGUUGCGUUCAGUCUGGGAUGCGCGUUUGUGAACGAUGAGAUCACCUUGGACGUUUUGCGAGGCUUCCAGGGUAUCGGUGCAGCUGCUACCAUCCCUGCAGGACUUGGCAUUCUUGCUCACGCCUUUCCGCCCUCGAAAGCACGUUCAUGGGCCUUUGCGACGUUCUCCGCUGGCGCUCCUAUCGGCGCGUCGCUAGGUUCGAACGUCGGCGGUGUACUGACUCAAGUAACCCAAAAAACAUGGCGUUCGACGUUCUACUUCACCGCCGGGCUCAGCGCGCUGACGGUAAUAGGCGCUAUUGUCUCCAUAGACGCCGACAAGCCGUCGGACGAACCUGACAAACGCGUGGACUGGCUAGGAGCUGCGCUUGUAACAGCGGGCCUAACGCUUAUCGUCUUUGUGCUCAGUGACGGAGAGAUUGCGCCGCAGGGAUGGCGAACUUCCUAUAUCAUCGCCCUGCUGAUCAUCGGCGUCCUCCUCACGGUCGCGUACCUCUUCUGGGAGCGCUACCUCGAGCGUGUGCAAGAUUCUCCGAACCCGUCGAACUCAAAGUGGACGCCGCCGCCGCUUAUGCGGCUGUCGAUAUGGAAGCGCGCGCGGGGCAAAUUCGCGGUCAUGCAAUGGGUCGCAUUUCUGAACUACGGGUGUUUUGUCACAUGGCAGCUGUGGGCUCAGCUAUACUAUCAAGACUUCUUGCAUCUCAACCCGGUACUGACGAUGGUACGGUUCAUACCGAUGUUCGUCACCGGAUUCAUAUGCAAUGUUAUCGUUGCUCUCCUCAUUUCUCGUGUGCCCGUUGUAUUUCUACUCAUUGUCGGCACUGCGGCAACGGGUUGCGCCGCACUUCUCUUCGCGGUCGUCGGUCCUGGCGCGCCGUACUGGGCUUACGGUUUCCCCGGUGCCAUACUAUCAGUCUUCGGGGCUGACUUCAUAUUUGCGUCCGGCACGAUCUUCGUCGCAAAGGUGGCCUUACCACAUGAACAGAGUGUCGCCGGAGCUUUAUUCAUGACCAUGACCCAGAUCGGCACUGCGUUUGGGUUAACAAUCAGUACGAUUGUCUAUGACCGUGUCCUAUCUCAGCAGUCCCGGGCGUUGGGCGUGAUACCGGUCGAAGGCAAUGCGAACGCGCCUCGACUCGCACAACUGAAGGCCUACCAGGGUGCUCAAUGGACGUGUUUUGCCUUUGGAAUGCUAGCAUGUUUAUUAGCACUGCUAUUCCUCCGCGGCACCGGUAUUGUUGGACACCGAGAACCAAAGGCGACGGACAGUGAAGAGACUGUUGGCCAAGGUCCACAGCAGGAUGUCCAAAACAAGUCUUAAUGAGUUGUUGUCAUCUGGACAAUGUGUGGUUCUUCAUUUUUUUCUCGAUCAUUUUUGGGGGACCCCGGUUGCUUUGGGGGCAUAGAGUCAUAGAGAUAUUAAUAUUUCAACAUAAUCCAAAUAGAGUAUCAGAGCAUAUGUGGGUGAACCAGUAGAACUGAUCCCUAUAGCGGCUACCCCCGCUUACA